AUGAGUGAUUUGGAUGGCUGUCGUUUGGAUAAAAGGCAGUUAGAGGGAAAUCCUGGUGGAGCUGACAAAAUCACUUCACUGUCUUCAAGUACCAGAGAACUUAGCCAGAGCUGUGCGAUCCCCACCAGCACUGUGGCCAUCAGCAAGACUGCACAGUUACCUCAUAACUAUUACACCAUGCCUGGGUGUGGAGGAGAGGGGUAACUCAUCUGCACCACGCCAAGAGGAACUCAAUUCAUUUAUGAUAGAAAGUUUCUGUUGGAUUGUCACAAUUCUCCCAUGGCUCAGACUCCACCCUGCCAUAUACCCAAUAUCCCAGGGGUCACUAGCCCUGGCACCUUAAUCAAAGACUCCGAAGUAGAAGUAAACAAUGUGAACAACUUGAACAAUCAUAAGAGGAAACCUGCAAUUGGGGAUGAUGCUCAGUUUGAGAUGGAUAUCUGACUCUCCUGCAAGGAUUAGAAGAAAAGCAG